AUGGUUUACAGUCUCAUGAUCUUCGCGCCGCGCAAACCUGGCGUGUCACACGAGGAAUUCAAAGCCCGCUACGAGCGACACAUGAAAAUGAUCGCCGAGAUAUCUGGCGACGCAAUGCCACUCAGUCACACUAGGUAUUACCUACAACAUGGCGGCCCAGAAGACAAGCCCCGCCUGUUAGCAGGCAACGCCGACGAGAUGUACUACGACGCGAUCGUGCACAUGUCCUUCGAGGACGAGGCUGCAUUUCAUAGGUUUUAUGACGCAUUGAUGACGGAUGAGGCCAAUGCAAGAAUUGAGGCAGAUGAAUCUGGGUUUUGGGACCGGGCCCGGAUGAAGGUUGUGGUCGGACCUAGAGCCAUCGAGUCAUCCCUCGGCGUCACGGGGCUCGCCAUUUUCUUAACGACCGUCGUCACAACGGCGCGCCAAUCGCUCAGUCUUUUCCACGCGCUGUGUGUCUUCCACCUGCUCGGUAUCGUGGGUCUUUCCGCCCGGCCUCGCGGAAGGUAUCCGGCCGGCGUCGUGCGCGGAGUUGUCCUCAUGGCUUUCUACGCCCGGGUGACUACGGGGUCGCUCGUGUAUCUGAUUUAUGUUUUUGCUACCGCGCCGACGUUUGGUGAUCAUGCCGAGUGCAACGAUAGGACCGUCUAUGUGCUUUUCGGCGUGGAUAUCUCGGCUACGAGCCCGGUUUUGCGCUGGAUGCUAGUCGGUGCGCUUUCGAUCUUGCUCCUGAUUCUCAUCUGCUGGUUGCUUAUGGUGACCUGCAUCUGCAUAGAUGCUCUAUUUGGUCGGGAGAUGCGUGGAGUUUUUGCGGGACGGGGUGGUCACGAAGGGAGUAAUGCUAAGAGGCAGUCGCCGUAUCAGCUUGUUAGUUACCUGGUUGGCACGAUAUAUUUGGCUGUGAUGCUCGAGUUGAUGAUUAGACGGAAUGCGCUCGCUCCGGGGCUUGAUGAAUGGACUUUUGGCCAGAUUCUGGCCAUGGCGAUGCUUAUUGGGCCUCUUAUCGAGCUUGCUUCGCUCCUACUAGGAAAAGUAGACGGGAGGCAGGAUAAUAACCAACUUGUACCGGUGUCUAUGCUGCCGGUGUCGAGGCGGAGAACAGUAGGGGAUUAA